AUGUCUCUGAUAAACGUUCUGCAGCCGCAUCCAGAAGACCGUUUACACCUGCGCCUCCACCGCGCCCGCUCUGUUAUCUUGACUGCGCAAGAACUCGUCGAAAUUCGUGCCGCGCAACGAACGUUUGAGGGGGCGUACGUCCGCACGGCAAUCGGGCAAUUCUCCUUUGCACUCGUGGUCCUCAAAAUCUUCACUGCCGAAUUCUACAGCAUCGGCGCCCUGUUUGCUACAUAUGGAGUGGGGAUCAUGCUCGUGAGUUUGUAUCGGAGGUACGAAGGGAACAGACAGUUUUUCAGUGAAGUGGGGGAGGAUGGCAUGGGCAGGAAGAAGUUUAGGACGAGUGGGAAUGCGGUUGUGGUUUUGACUGCGUUGAGUUUUGGGGCGUAUGUUAGCUUGCUGGUGCUUACUAUGAGGCUUGGUGAUUGA